AUGCCUAUUACACAGGUACGUGGAAACUGGAGGAACAGGUUGCGACUAAUAUUCAGGGGUUCCACACUUGAUGCAUAUUGCCAACAAGUGGAGAGAUGCACUGAGAUAGCACUGAACUGCAUGGAGAUUGAUCUGCACAAAAGGCCCCAUAUAGUAGAUAUCACUAUUAUACUGAGCAAGACUGAAACUCAUGAGGGCUUUGAUGACCCCAAAGUAUGGAAGAUGUCAUUCAAGGAGUUGCAAGUAAUCACGAAUGAUUUCUCAGAAGAAAUUGGCAAAGGUGCCUUCGGUGUUGUUUAUAAGGGAAUGCUUAAAAAUGGGGAAGCAGUAGCAGUGAAGAAACUCGACCAUUAUUUAGCAAACCAACGGAAACAGAUUGAGAGCGAGGAGCAUCUUAAGAAUCUUGAGCACAAAAAUAUAGUACAACUUAUCGGCUACUGUGAAGAGACAAUACACGUACCAAGGUCUCAUGAAAGCAAACCAGGCGAAUACACAUUAGUGGACAUGACAGAGAGUUUGCUCUGUUAUGAGUUUUUGUCAAACGGGAGUCUAGAAGACAAGAUGUGGAAAGCCAAUUCGCCUGAACUCGAUUGGAAAACUCGUCAUACGUUGAUAAAGGGCAUUUGUGAGGGCUUACACUACCUUCACUAUGGAUGUCUAGAUGCUCCCAUUGUCCAUAGGGAUCUAAAACCUGCCAACAUCUUGCUAGAUGAUGACAUGGUUCCAAAACUAGGAGAUUUCGGUCUAUCAAGGAUCGUCCCUGAAACACAAGCUCACAUUACGGCUUUUGCUGUCGGAUCAAGUGGAUACAUGGCGCCAGAAACCAUAGGCCGCCGCGAAAUUACACCCAAGGCAGAUAUAUACAGUUUGGGAGUUCUUAUAUUAGAGGUUAUAACAGGGAGGAGUCCCCCUUACAUCGGAUACUCAGGCCAGUGUUAUGUUGACAAGGUCCGAGAAGAUAGAAAUCAAAAUUCAUAUGUUGCAUCUAGGUACCCAUUACUCGAAGAGAGUCUUCACCAACAAGUCGAUAGUUGGAUAAGCAUAGGGCUACGCUGCACAGAGGAACUACCUCAACGAAGACCAACUAUUGAGCACAUAAUACAUUUUCUCGAGGCAGAAUCUUCCAGCUCAUUGGGGUCCACCUGA